UCUCAAAAAAAAAUCAAUAAGUUAAGUUUACUAAAUAAUAAUAAAGUGCUACACAAAGAUAAGCUACAACAAAACAAUAUAGUUUAGUGGAAAGAAAAUAGACUGGAGGUCAGAAGUCCUGGGUUUUAGGCCCAGUUCUGCCUCUUGCUAGCUGUAUGACUUUGGGUAACUUAUUUAACUUUUAGAGCUUCCAUUUUCUAAAGAAUGGAAAAGAUAAUAUAGCAUUCCUCUUUUUUUCACAUGCUUUGCACAAACUAAAACAUAAAGUCUAAAACAGAUUCAACCACAACAUAGCUUAGAACUGUAGGUGUAAAGAUUUAUAAGGAUACACACUCGGGCCAAGAGAAGAAGUUCAUGGUCAAGAGAGAGCAGUUUGAGUUCCAAGUGCCCAAUAAUUAGCAGACUCCAGAGAAGCCACUUGGUGUCUGACAAUUCAGUUUUCUUAAUAUGACAAUGGGAAUAAAAAUCUAUUAUAAAUAACUUCUCAGACCCAAAAAUUUUAGUUUAUAUGGUUGACCUUUGAAAAGCAUUAUACAAAAUAUAGUAAUUAUAUAAGGAAGCAAUUAAAAUAGCAAGACAAGGCUUUUAGCUUAAGAAAUAUAUAUUAUAGAUGGUAAUGUCUAUAGGUAUCAUAUCCAGCAAUAUUGAUCCAUGCUUCUUAGGGAAAUAUCUAUAAUUUCAGUUCUUUGCCACUAGGGCAAUAAUGGAGCCAUGGUUUGAUAUUAUCAUCUGAAGAUAAUAACAACAAUUAUAAUACUAAAAAUGGCUACCAAGUACUUACUCUAGACUACACUAUGUGGUAGGGCCCAGGCUGCACCACAGAUCAAUUACAUCAGAGCCUCAGCAGGAAGAACCAGGCAUCAAUACUUUUAAAUUCUCCAGGUGACUAUAAUAUACAGCCAAUGUUGAGAAGCACUGUCUUAGGGUCUCAAGUCCAGUGAAAAACUAAGAACAACUUCUGGACACCUGAUGACAACUCACAUUUUUAUAGGAUCUGAGUGCUUCAAAAAAUUUUUCUAAAUAUGCACUAGCCCAUGUUAUUUUUACAAUCACCUUUGUAAUUGAUAUCACUAAUUUCUUCGUCUUUCAGAUACAGAAAUUGACUCGUACUCAGCAAUACUGUCGUAACUACCAUAUCGCCCUCACACUGCACCGAUUUGAGAUAGGUAUUCACAUGUUCACAUUCAGGGAAUAUUCAGGAAUUGCAUAGAUGACAGGGAAAUUUCAUUUCUGAAGCAAAAUUACAUCUCCAACUACAAAAUAUGAAAUAUACUACUUGUUCCUUAUAGGGCAGAGGUUCUCAAACUUUGCCUGCAUCAGCAUCACCUGGAGAGAGUGUUAAAUGCAAAUGCUGGGCCCCAUCCCCAGAGUUCCUGAUUUGGUAGGUCUGGGGUGAGGCCUGAGAGAUGCUGAUGCUCCAAGGACUACACUUUAAGAACCACUGCUCUAGGAUAUUUGAGAAACCUGAAAGCAGUUAAAAUUCCAGAUCUUUCCCCCUUUUUCCUCUCAUCUCCAUAUCUUUGAAACACCCAGGGUCUGGUCUUCCUCCCAGCAAACAGCAGGAUGAGGGGAAAGUGCAUCAGGAAAGAGCCAAGGAUCUCUCAGCUGGCCCCAAGUUCUCAAAAUUACCUUCACCACAAAGUCCAUGAUGCAGCCUUUCAUGGGGUUCUUCUCUCGCAUCCCGUAGGGUCCCAACCAGAGGACAAUGGCUGCAGAAAAUCACUCUACAGUGACAGAGUUCAUUCUUGGGGGAUUAACAAAUCGGCCAGAGCUCCAGCUCCCCUUCUUCCUCCUCUUCCUUGGGAUCUACUCAGUGACCAUGCUAGGGAACCUGGGCAUGUUCACACUGAUUUGUCUGAAUGCUCAGCUUCACACCCCCAUGUACUACUUCCUCAGCAAUCUGUCACUUGUGGAUCUCUGCUACUCCUCUGUCAUUACCCCUAAAAUGCUGGUGAACUUUGUGUCAGAGAAGAACAUCAUCUCCUAUGCCGGGUGCAUGUCACAGCUCUACUUCUUCCUUGUGUUUGUCAUUGCCGAGUGUUACAUGCUGACGGUGAUGGCCUAUGACCGCUAUGUCGCCAUCUGCAGCCCUUUGCUUUACAACAUCAUCGUGUCUCAUCAAGUCUGCACCCUGCUGGUGGCUGUGGUCUAUGCUAUGGGGCUUAUUGGCUCAACAAUAGAGACUGGCCUCAUGUUAAAACUAUCCUAUUGUGAGCUCUUCAUCAGUCAUUACUUCUGUGACAUCCUCCCCCUCAUGAAGCUCUCCUGCUCUAGCACCUAUGACAUUGAGAUGGUAGUCUUCUUUUUGGCUGGAUUCAACAUCAUAAUCACCAGCUUAACAGUCCUUAUUUCCUAUGUCUUCAUCCUCUCCAGCAUCCUCCGCAUCAGCACCACAGAGGGAAGGUCCAAAGCCUUCAGCACCUGCAGCUCUCACCUUGCAGCAGUGGGGAUGUUCUAUGGAUCUACUGCAUUCAUGUACUUAAAACCCUCCACAGCCAGUUCCCUGGCCCAAGAGAACGUGGCCUCCGUGUUCUACACCACAAUUAUCCCCAUGCUGAACCCUUUAAUCUACAGCUUGAGGAAUAAGGAAGUAAAGGCUGCUGUGCAGAAAACACUGAGGAGAAAAAUGUUUUGACGAAAAUAUUAUCAUUCUUUCUCAGUUUUAAAAGUAAGUUGUUACAAAGACCAGAGGGAUGCCCUCUGAAUACUUGCCUAAGCAUGAUGGCAAACAAUCACUUCUCUACAUGGUUGAGUGAAUGCCUCCUGCCCUUCUUCCCUCUUCCUUCUUUCUCUCUCUAUUCUCAUUUCUCUUUGAAACCAAAUGAUUUCAAGUUCAUGUUUUCUUUCAUUUGGGAUCCAUUUUCUCCCUAGUGAGUUCUUUGGCAACUAUUUACUAUCUUAAUCAUAAUUUUAAUAGAAAUUUUAAACUUUCAGCAUUCAUGUAAAAUUCAUUCAUUGUUUUAUUACUUCUAUAUAGAAAAUAUAUUCUUACUCUUUUUCCCUUGGGAGUAUGCAAAGCAAAGAGAGGUGAAUUUAAAAGUCACCAAGAAGUGAUACACAGCCCCUCUCAUCCAGACUUAUUCCUCUCCUGUUUCACUCUUCUCUACUUAUUCCUGCCUAGCAACCUAUACUCAAUGCCUUUAUGUAAUUUCCUUAGUAACAAUAAUAAUAAUAAUAGCCACUAACAUGUUUUUGACUGCUUACUCUGAGCCAUGCAACUCUCCAUAUGCAGUAUUUCAAUUACACCUCACAACAAGGGGAUACUGUUUUUAGCCCAAUUUUACAGAUAUGGAAACUUGGCUUAGUAACUUGCUCAAGGUCACAUAGCUGGUAAACAAAGACACUUUGGAUUCGAACUCAAAUCUAAGUGACUCCAGACCCCACACUCUUGGUUCUCAUACAUUAUCCCCUUGGUUUUAGGCUGACAGUCCCUUUGAACAGCCUAUUAAGCCUGCCCUAGUUAGGCUCUUCCAAUUUCAAAUACCUCCUGAAAAUCAUUUCUCAGAUCCACACCUAUUACCAUCUGCUCUAGCCUCUUCCCCUUUACAGACAACUUCUCCAAGACGACUAGGGAAAGAUUACACUAGAGUGACCAACUUUACCGAGUUUGCCUGGCACUUUCUCAGUUUUAGCACUGAAAGCCCCACAUCCUGGGAAUCUCCUCAGUCCCAGAGAAACCAGGAUGAUUGGUCCCCCUAGAUUACAAAUUGCUGCAAAAUCCCAUGUCGUGUUUAAAUAACUAUAGAUCUACUGCCAACCUCACUCGGUAAAUCCAGUGGCCACGGGACAAGUUUCUCUCUGCUCCCCUUGCUUAUAACAAUAUCAAGGACACAUG